ACAUAUCCUGGAAAGUGGCUCAAGAAAAUGAAAGAUCAGUUGAAAGUCUGAGCACGAAACUGGUUAUGUACGAAGUGAAGGAUUUCAAGUAUGAAUGUGUGGGUGUUCUUGCAUGUGCUGAGGAAAGAAGGAUUUGCAGAGGAGACAAGGGAGAGCUUUGUGUACAGUACUCACUCUGACACUGCUCAGCCUGUUCUCUGUCUCUCUGCUUCACUUCUGAAUCGACAGGAACAUGCAGUGGCUCCUCAUUCUCACUCUCUUCACCAUCAUUUAUAUGCAACAGUUUUUCUGCAGGGCACAAGGCAACGGACAACUAGAAGUGAAGCCUGGGGAAAAAUCUGCAGAAGCCAGUGAGGUACAUCAGCGUAAAGAGUUUUGUCACUGGCCAUGCAAAUGCCCCCAUGUGCCAACCUGCACCCCGGGAGUGAGCCUGGUAAAGGAUGGUUGCGGAUGUUGUAAAAUCUGUGCCAAGCAGGCUGGAGAGACCUGUAAUGAAGCAGAGACCUGUGACCCUCACAAAGGACUUUACUGUGAUUACUCUGCAGACAGGCCUAGGUAUGAAACAGGAGUAUGUGCAUAUAUGAUAGCAGUAGGAUGUGAGCUCAAUGGAGUGUAUUAUGUCAAUGGCCAGGCCUUCCAGCCCACCCCACUUUAUAAGUGUCUCUGUGUUAGUGGUGCAAUUGGAUGUACACCUGUAUUCACCUCAAAGGCAGCAGCAAGUCAGUGUGUCAUGGUCAAGGGCAGAAAAACGUCUGGACAUUCCAACUGUGGCCCUGGACAACAGAAACAGCUACAAUCAACAGGCUACAGAUUAAUGCCAGGUUACAGAAGUCUACCACUUGUUUUGAAGGAGAAGUGCUUAGUACAGGCAACUUCUUGGACACCUUGUUCCAGAACCUGUGGCAUAGGUAUAUCCAACAGAGUGACCAAUGAAAACAGUAAAUGUGAAAUGAGAAAAGAAGAGAGGUUGUGUUUCAUACAACCUUGUCAGACCAAUAUAUUGAAGACUAUAAAGAUUCCAAAAGGAAAAACAUGUCAGCCAACAUUCCAGCUUCCCAAAGCAGAGAAGCUAGCCUUUUCGGGAUGCUCAAGCACACAAAGCUACAAACCUACUUUCUGUGGUGUGUGUCUGGACAAGAGAUGUUGCAUACCUAACAAAUCCAAAAUGAUCAUUGUACAGUUUGACUGCCCCAAAGAAGGCUCCUUUAAGUGGAAGAUGAUGUGGAUCACAUCUUGUGUUUGUCAGAGGAUUUGUAGUGAUCCAGGAGAUAUAUUUUCAGGACUCAAGUUAUUAUAACUUACACCAUGGACAGCAGUGUAUCAUCAAGAUGGCAGCAUGCUCAGUUUGAAGAGAGUUAGCUAAAGAGAAGACCCUUCCACUGAAACCAAACUUGUUGACAUUCUUCUGUUAAAUACCCUGAGAACAUGGUUUAAGAACAACAUCUAUGUACGUAAAACAAGAUACUCAAAAAACAUAAGAAUUAAAUUGUUUGAAACGCGAGUAUACAUUUGAGGAAUGUCUAGCUAACAUAGGGACAGCCAUGGAGGGAAAACUUUUGUAAUUUAAAAAAAUCCACAGGAAUACAGGGGUGAAUUUGCUCCAUAUUUCACAAAAAACUCCUAGAAAUAGGUGUCUUCCCUCAUCCUCAACAAACAUGUAGGUUUAAAUUAAACAUCCAAGUAACUUGAGAUUCCUUUUUCUACUAACUUUUUUUGCUGUAAUGAUCUAUCAUUCUUGAUCCACAAGAUAGAGUUAGAAAAAAAAAUUACAUAUUGUAGCAUUCAACCACAAAUGAAUUUUAAGCGCAGAUUCAGUUGUGCACUAAUUCAUUUGCGCGUAGGUACAAACAAAAACGUAUUUGUCAAGACAUAGGUUAGUUCACUUCAUUCCCAAUGAACUAUUUUUCUAGAUUUUAAUUUUAAAUGUAUACAAUUUGCCUUUUCAUUAUUUUUCCCCCCCUCAUGACAUGCUGACAAAAACAAACUUAUAAAAGGAACAAACACUACUUAUACAAUGAAAAGUAACCUCAUGAUCUUAUGCUGGCCUGCCUUCAUUUCUCUUCCCUCUUCAUGAUAUUUUGUUUCUUAUUUAACCUAGACUGCAAGCUCCUUGGAGUAGGGACCAUGGGUGAAGUCCUGGCAAAACUCCCAGUGACUUCAAUGGGGAUAGGAUUUUAUCCUAUGUCUUUUGUCAUAAAGUGCCAAGUACAUUUGUAGUGUUCUAUAGGUAAGUUGUUUCACCGGAGUGACUUUCAAAAUGCUUUCUUCCUAAUAAGAAUUGCCUCAACAAAUAUGUGUCUUGUGUAUUUCUGGCCUCAUACAUUGAAAAUUAGAACUAAUACUAUUGU